UCAAACGUGGGAAGCAUAAUUCUAAUACUUACUAGUUACUACAUACCCAUAUCUUGAGACAGAGAAUAACAAAGAAGAUUAUAUUAAUAUUCCCCCAUCACCUCUUUAUUAAUCUAAUUAAUUUCUUACACCCUUAAAAAUCUCUCAUCCUUCAAAACCUCUUCGUUUAAUUUGAUUGUAAUUCUCUGAAACAACAAAUAGAGCUUCUUUUGAUCAUUGAUUUUUUCUCAUAUUCAUCCAAAUUCUGUUCGUCUCCAUUGAUACAUUUUGUUGGGAGACUGCUGCUCGUCGCUAAGUUUUCAACAUGGCGAACGCAAAGUCAGGAAUGGCGGUAGAUGAUGAAUGCAAAUUGAAGUUUUUGGAGCUGAAAGCAAAGAGAAACCAUCGGUUUAUAGUGUUUAAGAUAGAGGAGAAGAUGCAACAAAUUAUGGUCGAGAAGAUAGGAACACCAAACGAAACUUAUGAAGAUUUCACCAAUUCAUUGCCUGACAAUGAGUGCCGUUAUGCUGUUUAUGAUUAUGAUUUCACUACAAUUGAAAAUUGUCAAAAGAGCAAGAUCUUCUUCAUUGCAUGGUCACCAGACACAUCAAGAGUGAGAAGUAAGAUGUUGUAUGCAAGCUCAAAGGACACAUUCAAGAGAGAGUUGGAUGGCUUUCAGGUUGAAUUACAAGCUACAGAUCCAAGCGAGAUGAGUUUUGACAUAAUUAAAGGGAGAGUUAACUAAUUGAGAUGCAAUUAAUUGUGAAUUAUGCUUACUGCAAUUUUUUUCAUUACAAAUUCUUUAUUCGAUUGCUCGUGUAGAUGUCACUGCUUCAAUGUUUAAACAUACAGAGGAGAUUGAAAGACUACAAAGCAACAGUUCAGUUUCUCUCCAAUGUUUUAUUUAUUUUUAUUUAUAUGAGGAUUUUAACAAUUUCAACGUUAUUAUUGUAUUUGUACUUUUGCUGUGUUCAUUAACCAUAGUUCUGUUUUUUGGUAUAUAAAUUCAAUUUUCAAUUUCAAUAAUGUAUUUUUUCAGUAUAGGUUAACCCGCUAAUGCUUUAGACAAUUUUUCUUCAUCUCGUUCAAUAGGAUAAGAAUAACAAAUAAU